UUCUUUGUAUUACUAAACCAAUAUAAUAAACACAAGAGAUACAUCAAAGAAGCACAAGAGAAGAUGUUGGAAGGCAAAGCAUUGAUCCAAGACACAGACAUGCCUGCAAAGAUGCAACUCCAAGCCAUGUCUUCAGCCUCCGAAGCUCUCGAUCUUUUCGAUGUUUUCGACUGCAAGAGCAUUGCAGCUCACAUCAAGAAGGAGUUUGACAUGAUCUAUGGACCUGGAUGGCAGUGUGUUGUAGGCUCAAACUUUGGAUGUUUUUUCACUCACACUCAGGGAACUUUCAUUUAUUUCUGUUUGGAAACUCUUUAUUUUCUUAUCUUCAAAGGAGCUUCAUCAACUGAACAAUCAGGACUUGUUGGAUCUUAGAACAAGAAGAGAAGAAAACAGAGUUCCUUUAAUAUCUGUUUGAUAAUGUACAAUUACAAUAAAUUUACUCUGUAAACUGUAUAAAUUCAUAAGUGUGAAAUAAUAUAUAGAAUUAUCAGUUGUAUGUUUGAUUAUCA